UUUUCCCCUAAACUUUCUCUUACUUGAAACUUUAAAAAAAUCCCCUAAAUUCUCGAUCUAGGAAAAAAAAAUUCUGUUUGGGUCAGAAUCUUCUCUCUUCCAGUGACUUUAUUGCACUUUCCUCUCUCGAUUUCUUCACAAUUUUGGUUGAUUGAAUUCUGUGUGCAUGCAAAGUUUUGAUCUUUGUGUGCUGGAGGAUUUUCAACAUCGUGAUCGGUGGAGGGGUGGUAGAGCUCUAUGAAUUUGGAAGGAUUAGGGUUUGGAUGUGAUCUAUUGUUGUUUGUGGGUUUGUGUAAAUGCUCGUGGGAGGGGAUCUAGGGUUUCUCUCGAGCUUGGUGGUGGCGGCGUUUGUGGCGGUUUUUGGACCGGUGUUAGGUUUUGUGGUUAGACGGAAAUGGAGGCGUUCGGUGGCCAGGAGGGAGGAGAUCAAGAGGUUGUUGGUUUUGGCUUCGGAGGAGGCAGCUAGGGUUGAGCUACAAGCCGCUGAGGAGUAUGGGUAUGGUUAUGGGUAUAGGUAUGAGUCGCUGAAGGAUGAUGAUGAGGUGUUUGUUGAAACACCGGCAUCAUCAGCAUCGCCGCCACCACCACCAACAAAUUCAACAUCAUAUUCUGGUUCACGGCAAUUGCAGUACCAAUGUGCGGUUUGCUCGUCUCCAACCUCUACUCGGUGCUCCCAAUGUAAAGCAGUUCGCUACUGCUCUGGCAAAUGUCAAAUCCUUCAUUGGAGACAAGGUCACAAGGAUGAAUGCCGUCCAGUUAGCAACUUGGAUCACCUCAAUGAUGCUGAGGCAAAAUCUCAUCUGAAGGCGUAUAAGCAGGAACCCGAUGGAAGUCAUCUUAAGAGCACCGAGGUUGAAGGGAGACGUUCUUCAGAAUCAGGCACUGCUUCCCCAGAGGAAGCUGCACUUUUGAGAUCCAAAUACUUUGCAACAUCUGAUGGAAAGCAUGAAACAGGUGGACAGAGUCUGACAGAUUCAAAAUGUCUCAAUUUGAACUCCAGUUUCGUGCUUCAUUCAUCUUCAUGUGAACAUUUGGACCUCUCUACUUCAAGUGGAUCUUCUGUUGAUCAUUCUGCAUCUGAUUCAAAUGACUCUGAUGCUUCUGACAGUCAUAGGUCUGCUGUUAAUGAUACAGUUAAGAUUCAGACUAAUCAUUCCAAGGUAGAAAGAUUUAAGCCAUCCUACACAGAGCAACCCCAACUGGUACAAACUGCAGAUAAUGAUUCCACGUCUGGAAAAUAUAAUCACACCAAGCCUAGCAUUCAUGGGGACACGCAGUCUAAAUAUUGGACUUCAAGUUCAGGUACCGAUGACUCCAGUGAAUCUUCAUUGACAGCGCCAUCUACACCCUCAUCUAGUUUUUGGGAAGGACCAGUUCCUUAUACUAGAUCUAGGAUUGGUUCACUUGAUGGUAUUGCAGAUCCUCCUUCCAAAGAUGCUUGUGACAUCAAAAUUUCAGACUCUCAAUCAACUUCAUGUCACCCCCCUGAAUUUGCUAUACCUCUUAUACCUGAGGCAGGCGAACAAGGAUCGAACUCAAAAAAGAAUCUGGAAAAUCCAACUCCAAUUAUAGUGGAAGUGCCGAAACCAGUCAAUCGAGUUGAAUCAAGAAUUGAAAUUAAAGACCAGAAAGAAAGUAGUAGGUCAUCAGCUUCGCGGUCUGUAACUUCGGAUCAGCUUCNCGUAACUUCGGAUCAGCUUGAUGUGCAUGGCUCCCGUGAUAAAUGCACAUUGACCUCUGAGGAAGGUAGAUACUCCUCAUCUAGGGCUUCUGCUAAUAUAAAGAAGCAUGAUGGGUUGAAAGUUAGUAGCUUGCGAUCCUCAAGCCCCAACGAGUCAUAUCGUGGCGUUGAAGGCUCUGCCAGUGCUCUACAAUUGCCAAAAGAAAGACAAAAAGGAUCUUCUCCUGCCAAAAUUGCUGAUAAUAUCUCUUCUAACAAUGUGAGGCAUGAUAUCCAAAAUGUGAAGUUACCAAAGAUCGAUGGCACUCAAGUGGCCAGUGCCUGUUCGGCAGAGUCUAGUGUUCCAUUACCAAAUGCAAAGAAUGGCUUGAAGUCAUCUGUUUUAAAAGUUGUUGAUCAGCUCAGGAGUUCAAAGCUGACACGACUUAAUUCUCUAGGGGACGAGUGUGAUGUAAAUGGAAGACAUGGCAACAAGGCUCUAUUUCCAUAUGAAAGUUUUGUGAAGCUUCAUAACUGGAAGAAUGAAUUGCGGCCAUUUGGCCUUGUAAAUUGUGGUAACAGCUGCUACGCUAAUGCUGUCCUUCAGUGCCUGGCAUUUACACCACCACUUACUUCAUAUUUUCUUCAAGGGCUCCACUCAAAGACAUGUGAAAAGAAAGAGUGGUGCUUCACAUGCGAAUUUGAAAGUCUAGUUCUAAAAGCAAAAGAUGGGAACUCUCCCCUAUCUCCUAGUAGUAUAAUUUCCCAUCUCGAAAGCAUCGGGAGCAAUCUUGGUAAUGGUAGAGAAGAAGACGCUCAUGAAUUUCUUAGGUAUGUUAUCGACACAAUGCAAUCCAUUUGCUUGAAGGGAGCUGGGGUUACUGCACCUGGCUCUUUUGAAGAAGAAACGAGUCUUAUUGGGCUUACAUUUGGGGGCUAUCUCCGUUCAAAGAUUGAGUCUCUCUAUCUUCUUCACUACUUCAUUCAAUUUCUUCAAUUAUUUCGAGUUUCUAAGGUAAUAAGCACUUUCACUACUGUGGAGCUUAGGAUUGGUGAAGAACAAGAACAAACAGUUGUGGCAAUAGAGCAAAGUAAAGAACAGCAUGCUGUGGUGUAG